GCUGGAGCGGCCAAAGGCGGCCCCGCCCCGCCCGUCCCGCCCCGCCGCGGGCCGGGGCCGGGGCCGAGCGCUCGGGCGGGCGGCGCUCAGGAUGCUCGGGCAGCGCCGCGGGCCGGGCGGGCGCGAUGGAGCCGCCUGAGGGCUGGGAGCCCUACGGGCGGCCGGGCCGGCGCACGCAGCGGCUGCUCAGCGCCCUCGGCCGCCGCUACGGGCUGGAGCGCGGCGUGGAGAACGAGACCGUCGUGCUGGCCGCCGGCCCGGAGCAGCACCUGCAGGAGAUCUUCCAGCGCCUGCACUGCGCCGGGGCGGGCCGCAUCCCCGGCGAGGAGCUCCGCACGCUGUGCCGGGUGCCGGGGCCGCAGGAGGCGGCGGAGCCCGAGCGGUGCGCGGGGCUGUGGGACGGGCUCUCGGCCGAGCUCACCUUCCGCCACUUCCACGCGCGGCUCCGCGGCCACUUCAGCACCCGCGCGGGGCCGCGGCUGCCGCUGGGCCGGGAGAGCGAGCGCAUCGAGAGCCAGAUCCGCCCGCGCAGCCCCCGCCGCCGCCGCGCCCGCCCCGCCGAGCCCGAGCGGCGGCCGCCGGGGCCCUGCUCCCGGGAGCGCUGCCAGGAGACGGUGGCGCUGGAGCGGGCCGAGGAGCGCAUGGCCGAGCUGCUCGAGGAGAAGGGCAGCCUGCGGGAGCUGCUGGAGGACAUGCGGGCCGCCCUGCGGAGCAGCGAUGCGCGGUGCCUGGCGCUGCAGAGAUGGAAGUAAAGACUGUGCUGAAAGAAGCAUUUCCCAGAGGAAGCAGUGGUUCUGUUCCAGCCUCUGCUGCAGGAAGGGAGACCAUGCCAGGCACAGUCACAGGAGAUUUGGAUCGCGACUUGGAUUACUUGGAAGAUCUGGUGAAUGACACUUUGAAGAUCUUGAAGAAUGCUCGAGGCAAGUUCUCAAUGUGCCUUUCCUAAGAGAAUAAUCAGUGUCACUGUAGCAAGAGCUCACACAUGUGCCAUUUCACCUAAUAUAAUCUCAGGGUUGUUGCAUUCUGGAGCACUUGCCUGUUUCAGUACAACUGUCUUGUUGCUGUGCAAUUGAUUUGGCCAUACCUGGGAGAAGCAGGCUGGUCUGAUAGACAGGCAUCCAGGGAACAGUGACAGGACAGACUCGGAACCAGACAGGGGUUAGACCCAGUGAGUUCGAGCCUAAGCUGCAGAAGCUAUUGGUCAGAGAGCUGAGCAGCCUUAACUUUCAAUGAAUCAUAAGUGCUUGACGAGGAACCUUAAGAACGGUAUUAAAGGUGAAGUUGAGAAGAAUAAAGUGCUUUUUGUCACAUGAAUCAGAGAGUGCCGUGUCUCUGUCUUGGACCCGGCACCAGACAAGGUUACAACUGGUGAUGGCCGACAUGAUUCACCAUAGCUAUAAUGUUAUAAAUAUGAUUUGUGCUAAUAAAAUUGUAACUAUAUUAGCAAAAUUGUUGUUUUUUUAAUCAAUAGAAAAUAAUUGUUAGAAUUGUUAUAAAGCAAAAAGGAUAAAGGAAAUGGAAAAGCAGAUGGAAUCAUCCUCCAGAUAUUUGAGGGCGGUAAAGAAUAGUAAGCACGUAGGUCUGAUAAUAGCACUGGAAAUAAAACUUUUGACCUUGAAUUGGGCCAAAUUGGGAUGAUUCCAGGCAUUGGACACUUGGACAAGACUUGUAUGGGAACAUAGGCUUAAUUAUAUAACCCUGAGCUUAGUGCCCCUGCGAUACCUGCAAGGUCAAACAGCGAACAGUGAGGAAGACCCAGAGCCUUCAUUGGAAACAAGACCCCCGAAAGGAGGAGAGAUCCCUGACCACUGGUGAAGCAUGCACAAUAGAACAUGAUGAUGUAGAUAUUAGGAAUAGAAACUAGGAGGAGCUUUUCAGAAAAUUCUGUAUUAAUAUGCAUUAGUAAGCAGUAUAUAAGUGAGAUUUUUAGCUUGACUAAUUUGGUACGGUGUGAGAGGAAAGCCCUUACCUGUAUCCCCAGUAGGGGUAUUCCCCAGUCAGUUUUGCUUAUGCUUUAUUCGAACCUCAAAUAUCAAUAAUACUAAAUUACUCACUGCCAAAUUUUGUAUCUACUCAAAUAUAUGUAACUAAUAUAUUUUUAUUCUAUUCAUUUAUAUAAAAUUGCUGCUAUUAAUAAAUUGCUGCUAAAUUU